AUGAACAAACUUGAAGCAUUGCUCUCUCACGAUCAGAAUACCUCGUCCACCAUUGCUUCCUUCGAAUCGAGUUCGGAUCCUCAUCUCUCUGUUAAGGAAUAUGCACCAACACGUUCAACAUCCUUACUCCUUCCACCUUCACCAUCCUCACUCUCAAAUUCAUCAACAUGUGGUGAUGAGAAUCAACAAACAACAACAUCACCUCGUGGUAGAACAUUGAGUGCCAUGAGCAUGGACCAAAUGAGAGAAAAAGUCUCGAGUUUAUCCAUGAGGAGAAGAAGAUUGCAAAAAGUACAAUCAGCUUCUGCUCUAGUUUAUGCUCCACCAACUUCAAUUUCUGCUGCUUCUGCUACUAAUACCUCUGCUACUACUACUAUUCCAAUUCCAACUCUCUCCAUUCUUCCUACUAUCAAUGAUCCAUCCACUCCUUCCACUUCCAUAUCAAUUUCACCUCCAAUUUCUCCACAAAAUUCACCAGAAAGGAAUAAUAAUAAUACUGAAACUAUUAGUAUUCAAUCACCUUUAAUUAAUAUUUCCACUCCAAGCACACCUACUACUACCAGUUCUCCAUUGUUUGCAGGUAUUUCUCCAUUAUCAUCCACCUCCAAAAUUAGUUCAUUCCUUGCAACAGUUCAAGAUUCACAACAAUUAAUUCCAUCACCAACUAGUCAAUUAGAGGCAAAUACACAACAAUGGGAUGAUUCGAAAUAUACAAUGGUAGUAGGUGGAAUUGUCUAUGUGAGAAUGGACUAUGUGAAACGUCAAGUAGAAGAUAUCAUGCACAAGUAUGCCAACACAAGAAGGGAGUUUAAAGAAAGAGAACGAAUGAUGAAGAAACAUUACGAAAAGAUGGAUCAAGAAAAGACUGAAAAAAUAGAAUUGUGCAUGAAGGAAUUCGAAGAGAAAUGCGCAUCUGUACAAAUUAAGUGUCGUGAUGCCUUCCUUAAAAAGUAUAACGAGAAAGUGGACGAAUUAAACGAAAAGAUUAAAGAAUUGAUGGAUGAGAAGGAAGAUUUGAAGAAUAGAAUGGAAAGAGAAAGUACGAAAAUGUACAGUGAUAUGCAAAAUUUAGUUUCGAAUGUGGAAAGUAAGAUGAAACAAAAUACUGUUGAAUUUAGAGUGAAACAAGAAGAAUUGAACAAGACUAUUAGAAUUCAGAAGAAACUCUUCUUUGGUUUAUUGAAUUUUAUUCGAUCAAGAGAAGUGUCAAGAAAAAAUAUUGACAUUCAGACAGAAGAGCUAGUUCAGGAUUUAGAGUUGGAACAAUACAGAAAACAAGUGGAAGAAUUGAAAAACAUAUUGGAUUUGGAACAAUUCGAAUUUCAGAAAGUUUAUGUUGAGAAGGAAACUAGACUAAUCAAUGAAUUAACUCAAUCAAAGCAUCAACUCUUGCAAUUAGAAAGCUGUAUGAAGGAACAAACUAAUGCAAUUAAGGAAUUGGAAAAUCAAAUUUCUGAAUUGAAUGUUUCUGAUUCGAAUUUGGAUUCAAAAGAAUUAAAAUCAACAAUGGAAGAUUCGUCUACUCCUCCCAUCAUGCAAGUUUAA